CCCACCCCCGCCCUAUGCCCCCCGCCCUUCCUUCCUUCAAGAAACGGUCUCAGACGAACUGCCAAAGAGGGAAGGGGGUUGGCUGAUAUCACAGGGACAGGCACCACGGCCUUUUGAAUGCAGGCUCACGACGGGGAGGUGCCGGCAUGCAGCCGGCCCCCCGCCAUAGCUCCAGAUCUACCACCAUCUUCCGCUGAGAACCCGACACUGACACCGUCACAGACACCUGGAGUUGUAGGGGGGGCAGGGGUAGCGGCAACAGUCACAGCAUCCUCGCAGCAGCAACCACAACUUCAAGGAGCGCAGUCUGUGAAUCAGUCUAGUUCGCAGCAGCAGCAGCAGCAACAACAGCCUCAGCCACACCAACCAGGGGUGCCGACUCAGGGGGCGUUUCAGCAGGGGCAUCAGCAAAGCAAUCAACAACAACAAAAUUUAGGUGUUAGCAAUAGUGGGGGUGCCACUUCUUCUGCAGCAUGGACACAGCUUGCCCCUGCUUAUUUACUUCAACAGCUGCAACAUUUGCGAGACUCUGGUCAGGCCAGUGAUCCACGAUAUAAGACAAUAUUAUCCUUUCUUCAGGCUCAGCAGGCUGCCGGAAACAAUCAAGGAGUUGCGAGCAUCGGUGGUAGCACUGGAGGGGGUCCUUCUGGCUCCCUCCCUUCUUCAAUUCAGCAAAGAUUUCAGCAGGAUGGAAAUUCUCGGAGCAGCGGUGAUUCCCAGACCACCAGCUUGGGUAAUUCUGACUCUAGUCGCGGAUCUCAGUCACAUUCUCAAGCUGCAUACCUGCAGCAAGCGUUGCUAUCUGCACAGCAGAAAGCUCAAGCUACUGCUUACAGCCAGCAGAAGGUUACUAAGCCCUUGCAAACAGGUCCCACCAGGGAUUUCAACAGCGCAAACAACCUUAACAUGCAGGAGUUAAUGCAUCGGCAGCUUGCUGGAAGACAAUUGCAACAGCUACCACAACCUGGAAGUGUCGCCGGUGGUCAGACUAAUUCGGCUGAGAAGCCUAGAAAUCAAGCACGGCCCGGUAAUCAGCAGCCAUCACGGUCAGAUGCUAUGUCUGUUGCCUAUCCUCAUGGGAGCUUUCCACGACCAACUUCAGGAGUGGUGCAAGGUGUGCAAAAUCACCAACAGCGUGUUCAGAGUAAUUCGAGCUCUCAGUUUAGUGGUAUGACAACUGUUAGCUCCGCUAUGCCCGCCAAUACUCUACUCCCUGUGCAAGCUCAAUCUUCCACACAGUUUUUACCUCAAUACCAAGCUCAUGUAGCAGCUAUGCAGAAUUUGGCUGGUCAAAGUGGUAUGAUGAUGUCUCAGACCAGACCGAUGGCAGUAUCUGGUCCGCAGCUGACUUCAGGUGUAGACCAGAGCCGGAUUGGAGCAGUGGGUGGAGCUCCCAUGCUUAUGACAUCUAGUGGCCUUCCAUUAGGUGGAUAUCCCAAAUCGGUUCCUAUGCCUAUGUUCUAUCAAGGUAUACAUGGCAGCAAUUCUUCUGUCUCUGGCGGAACUGCUCCUGAAAUGAUCCCUAGUUUUGUAAUGUAUCAUAACUCGGCUCAAGGUGGGGAGGCUAGGACUCAGUCAAGUGCUACUCUUCAAUCCAAUACAGGUCCUGUGAAUAGCACUUUGUUAUCAUCGAAAGCUUCAAAUGCAGAGUCUGGUACAGAGACAAUUGACAGAUCAGGUAGUGGGUCCAAUCAAUUAGGUCAACCUACAGCGCAGCCGCAAGUUUCUAGACCAACCUUGACUGUGGGCGGUGCAGAAGGUUUUGGAGUCUCCCAGCAGUCUAGGCACCCUCCAGCUCAGCAACAGCCUUCAGGUUUUGGUUUCAGCAAGUACCAGCUUACACUACUUCGAAAUCAGAUAUUGGCUUUCAAGAAGCUUAGAGCAAGGAAGCCUGGGGAAACUACUGUCGCUGAGGAGAUAAAGCGUCUUAUCAAUCCUCCGCUUCGAUCAUCACAACAUUCCUCUCAGUUAUCGGCUGUUUCGCGUCUUAGAGAACAAGCCCCUAUCCCUCAAGCCGUUGGGAAGGAACCCGAGCCUUUAGGAAAAGUUGCUCAUGAGUCUAAUUCAAAACCCGUUGAAAACCGAACCAAGGAAUCGUCAGUUACUAAAGAUUCCGAGGUUUCAAAGGAGGUGAAUACUAGAGAUGGAGCUAUAAAGGUGGACGGCACUCCCUCAGCUACUUGCAUGCCGAAUGUUGACAGUGGGAAUGGUAAAGGUGCCCCAAGCAUGAAGCUUGAAUCCCCUCAAGUUAAGUCUGAACAAAGAAUAAAACAUGAGGGUGCUGCAAAGACGGAGACGAAGGACAUGAAGUCUAACAAGGUCGAUAUUAGCAGAAUGUCCGGACCAACUUCUACUCCCAAUGUAACAGGAAGCAGAACGCCUCCCCCUUCUACUUUGAUGCCACCCUCCAUUCGAAAGGUUUUACCAGUUAAAAUGACUCCUUAUCGUGGUCCCCUCUUUGAUUUCCCUCCUGUCAGUAAAAGAAUUGAUGGAGCUGCACUUUCUCUACCACCUCAAGCAAUCCCUUGGGGUCAGCCAGUUUCUCUUGGCUACAAAGUCGAGGAUCUUCUUUUGGAUGAAGGUGUGCGUGUCAUUGACAAAAAAAGAGCGGAGAGGCUUGAAACAAUUUCAGAUGUUUUGAAUACAAGAAACGGCAAGAAGUUACUACAGUCCUAUCAGAUCGUGAGGCUUCGUAUUGAGGAAAAGAAGUUACGGCUGCUGGAGCUUCAACAUCGUGUUCGGGAUGAAGUGGAGCAGCAACAGCAGGAGAUAAUGGCUAUGGGGGAGCGGGCUUACAGGAAGUUUGUUCGCUUAUGUGAUAGGCAACGGAUGGACCUCUCUAGACAAUCGAUUACGCUGCAAAAGACUACUCGUGAAAAGCACUUAAAAGCACUUAUGCAGUGGCGAAAGAAGUUAUUAGAGUCACAGUGGGCAUCCAGAGAUGCGCGUGUUACUAGGAACAGAGGUGUUGCGAAAUAUCAUGAACGUAUGCUCAGAGAGUACUCCAAGCGGAAGGAUGAGGAUCGCACUAAGAGGAUGGAGGCUUUGAAAAACAAUGACGUUGAUGCCUACAGGGAGAUGUUAAAACAGCAACAAGGUCAGCUUAAUGGAGACGCUGGGGAGAGGUUUGAGGUGCUGUCCUCCUUCCUCUCACAGACAGAAGAAUAUUUGCAUAAACUGGGAGGAAAAAUAUCCGCUGUUAAGAAUCAUCAGGAACGAGAGGAAGCUGCUACAGCAGCUGCAGCUUCUGCUAGAGCACAGGGUUACUCAGAAGAGGAAGCGCAGCAAGCAGCAAUCCGAGCUAGUGAAGAAGCUGAAGUUAACGGUUACGUUAACAGAGUGCCACAUGAUUCUUCUGUACAUAAAUAUUACAGUUUGGCGCACGCAGUGCAUGAGAAGAUUGUCAAACAACCAUCAAUGCUUGCUGUUGGUGUGUUGCGAGAUUACCAAAUGGUGGGUUUACAGUGGAUGCUAUCAUUGUACAAUAAUAGGCUGAAUGGGAUACUUGCGGAUGAAAUGGGACUCGGGAAAACAGUCCAGGUAAUGGCACUUAUUGCUUAUCUCAUGGAGUUCAAGGGCAACUACGGACCCCACUUAAUUAUUGUACCCAACGCUGUUAUGGUUAAUUGGAAGAGUGAGUUAACGAGAUGGCUCCCAUCCGCCUCUUGUAUAUAUUAUGUUGGACAUAAAGAUCAACGUGCCAAAAUAUUUUCCCAGGAGGUGUGCUCGAUGAAGUUCAAUGUGUUGGUGACAACGUAUGAGUUUAUUAUGCGCGAUCGAUCUAAACUGGCAAAAGUGGAUUGGAAGUACAUAAUUAUCGACGAAGCCCAACGCAUGAAGGAUCGUGAAUCACGUCUUGCCCGUGACCUCGAUCGAUUUCGUUGCUCGCGGCGAUUGCUGCUUACGGGCACUCCACUACAGAAUGAUCUUCAUGAGCUGUGGUCGCUUCUUAAUCUGCUACUCCCUGAAGUAUUUGACAACAGUAAGGCAUUUCAUGAGUGGUUUUCGAAACCCUUUCAGAAGGACCCCACUCAGAGUGAAGAGGAUGAUUGGCUGGAGACUGAGAAAAAAGUCAUUGUUAUUCAUAGGCUCCACCAGAUUCUCGAACCUUUCAUGUUGCGGCGUCGUGUUGAGGAUGUAGAAGGAUCUCUUCCUCCCAAGGUAUCAGUUGUUCUUAAAUGCAAAAUGUCAGCAUACCAGGCAGCAAUUUAUGAUUGGGUGAAAACAACUGGGACCCUGCGUUUAGAUCCGGAUGAUGAGGCCCAAAGGAUCGCUGGAAACAGCAAGCGGCAAGCACGAGCCUACGCUCCAUUGCAGAAUAAGUGUAUGGAACUACGUAAAGUCUGCAAUCACCCAUAUUUAAAUUAUCCUCCGAGGUAUCAUAUCCAAGGGGAUAUGACAGUACGUACCUGUGGGAAGCUGUGGAUUCUAGAUCGUAUCCUGGUGAAGCUGCAUAAGACGGGCCAUCGAGUCCUGCUCUUCAGCACUAUGACUAGGUUGCUGGAUAUACUAGAAGAUUACUUACAGUGGAGAAGACUUAUUUACCGUCGCAUUGACGGAAUGACAACCCUUGAGGCUCGGGAAUCAGCUAUAGUUGAGUUUAAUCGGCCGGAUUCUGACUGCUUUAUCUUUCUGCUUAGUAUUCGUGCUGCUGGCAGAGGUCUUAAUCUGCAGACAGCUGAUACGGUGAUUGUGUAUGAUCCUGACCCUAAUCCAAAAAAUGAGGAGCAAGCCGUGGCACGGGCACAUCGCAUUGGGCAAAAGAGAGAGGUUCGUGUUAUUUACAUGGAGGCUGUGGUCGAAAGUACUCCAAGCUAUGAGAAGGAGGAUGAGCUGCGGAGUGGGGGAUCCUUGGACGAGAAAGACGAUGAAAUGGCUGGUAAGGAUCGGUACGUGGGUUCCGUGGAGAGCUUGGUUCGCAAUAAUAUUCAGCAGCAUAAAAUCGAUAUGGCUGAUGAAGUUAUCAAUGCUGGGAGGUUCGACCAACGAACGACUCAGGAGGAGAGACGACUCACACUGGAAGCUCUAUUGCAUGAUGAAGAAAGAUAUCAGCAAACAGUUCAUGAUGUUCCCACUUUACAAGAAGUGAAUCGAAUGAUCGCAAGAACAGACGACGAAUUGGAACUUUUUGAUAAAAUGGAUGAGGAAUGGAAGUGGGUUGGUGAUCUUCUCCCUCAUCAUAAAAUUCCUAAAUGGAUGCGUGUUGGGUCUCGAGAAGUCAAUGCUGCAAUUGAAGCCACUUCCAAAGAGUCCAUGAAGAAGGGUUUCUUGGGAGCAGUGGGGACACAGGAAGCUGAAGACCUGUUAGCUCAUCAGGUGAUAAAAGGACCUGCUGCACCUCCAAAAGCUCUUGAGAAACGCUCCAAGAGUACCAGCAGGUACAAGAACUAUCGGGAGGUGGAAAUAGACGACGAUUUUUUCCCUGAAAAGGAGGCUGAGGAAUAUGAAGAAGAUGAGCGAGAAUCAGUUAUUGAAGAGGUAUUAACUGCUGCGAAUGCUGAUGAUGAAGAGGAGGAGGAAGGAGGUGUUAAUGAAGGAGAAGAUCAAGAUGAAGACAUGAGGGAUGUAGAAGGAGAAGAGCAUGAAGUGGAAGAGAUUAUCGAAGAGGUCAUAGAGGAAGUUGAUGAUGACGAUGAAGAGGAAGAAGAGGAGGCUGAGCCAGAGGAAGAUGUGGAAGAAGAAGGUGAAUUAGCCCCCGAAAUAUCUUCUGACGAAGGCGAGAUGUCUCCAGUGAAACCCCAACGGGUAGCUGGUACAAGCCAGUCGAAAAAAUUUGCUUCAUUAUCGGCACUGGAGUCUCGCUCGAGCAAAGCAGAAGAGGGUGAUGAGCUUGAGGAAGGGGAGAUAGCCGCAUCUGUUGAUUCAGAUCAACGGUCAGAAAGCUGGAUAGAAGGGAGAGAAGAAGCUGAGGACGUUGCAGAUUAUGAAGUGGAUCACACGAUUCAACCUCAAAAGAAAAGAAAACGCAGUCGCAGUCAUCGUCGUACUGUCCAUUUAGAUGGGUUAGGGGAGAGAGAAACUAGUAAUGGUUCUUUCAAUGAGAGGGAAACACCCCUACUUUCUUUUCGAUCGAACAAUAGGGCGAAGCAAAAUCCUCCGGAAUGGUCGAACUUUGGAACAGUUGACCCUGCUCCUCAAUCAUAUGACAAAACAGAUCACUGGGGUGGCUCUGCUAAGAAGAGGAGUGUUCCUUUUCCAGAGGCUCAAGUACCAGCACGGCCUCGUAUUGUGUUCAAGCACUCCCGAGCAAACGGGUUGCAUGAGCCUGCUGCUGAACCGGAUUUGGGAAGAGAUAACAGGACUGCUAGAACCCAAGCAGGUUUACUGGGGAGCUACUGUGGUGACAAAGGUCGUCUCCCUGAGGGACAACAAAAAAAGUGCAAGUCUGUCCUCAGCAAGCUGCAUGGAGCAGUCAACAAAGAUGGCAGACAGAUAGCUGCUCUUUUUCUGGAGCUGCCCAAGCGCAGCGAAUUGCCUGAAUAUUACAAAGUUAUAGCUAGGCCAAUUAAUGCCCAUUUAAUCGAGGAGAAAUUGGAUCGCUUAGAGUACCCAAGUGUACUGGAAUUCGCAUCAGAUGUUCAUCUUAUGAUUGAUAAUGCAGCCCGCUAUUAUAGCACCUCUGCAGAGGUUCAGACAGAUGCUCGUCGCUUACAAGCUUUGUUUGAUUCGCGGAUGUCUCUCAUAUUUCCAGAAGUUGAUUUUUCUUCCGCACGAGUAAGAAGUAAUGCACCAGUAUUAACUCCACAGGCUCCUCCUGUAACUGGUUCACGAGGUAUACUACAGGCUCCCGUAGUAACUGGACCGCGAGGCGUUCGUAGACCUGCUGGUGCUGAAUCAGCACAGAUUGGAAUUUCUCCUAAUUCUCGGAGUUCCACAAGGAUAUCAUUGGUCCGACCUGUAGCUCCACCACAGGAGGAAGUACUUGUUACGAAUCAGGAAGGCAAGAAGAGCAAGAAAGGAGGGAACGAAAAGUUGAAGGACAAGAAUGCGAAGUCGAAGAGUAAAGUCAAUAGUAGCGGUAAGAAAAAAGAAUUACAAGAGGAAGAGGCGGAGUCGGAUCAAGGGAUCAUGCACCCUGUGGAUCUUGUGAUACAUAAGAAGAAACGUAAAGGUAGGGAACACACAGGAAGUAGGACAGUUAGCUCACCGUUAGUGUUUGAUGUGGAGGAGAUGAGGGAAGCUAGUGCCCGAGGUUUUACUGUUGGCUCGUCUGGAAAUGCUAGGGCUCCCCCACUAGCAACCCCAAGGCCACGGGCGCCGGCUGCCUCUCCUGCAAGUAGCAGACUAAGUGCAUCACAACCAGACAUCCAAGUGGGUGCUGUCACUGUGUUGAAAAAGUCGAGGACUGAUGGUGGGAAACGAAGGCCUAGUCAUCCUUAAAAUCACCCCUUCCCUGCGCGUUUUUAGAACCCGUCUCACAACAAUUUUUAUUUCAUUUUCUUAAAAGGAUUUUUUUUUUCCCCCAAGCAUUCGCGAAGUUUGAAUCAUCUCAUCUGUAGUUAAUUAUCUAUCUGAUGUUUGUAAGUAGAUUCCUCUUCACCAGUUAACCUGGGAAUAUGUGGAAAUUGUGAAAUUUAUGGCUACAGUUUUGGUUCAACAACAAA